AUGUCGUCUUAUUCUCACGAUGACGAGCACGAUCCCCAGGCGGACGAGCUCCGCGAGACCGCCCUGGUGACGCUGGAAGCUUUGAUAAGCUCAUGCGGACAGCAAAUGCAGCCUUAUCUACAGAACACUGUCAAAUCUGCCCUCAGAUACCUUAAGUACGAUCCGAAUGUUGCUGAGAUGGAAGAAGACGAGGAAAUGGGUGGUACUCAGGAUGACGGCUCCGAGGACGAUGGGACAGAAGAGCCCGACCUAGAUGACGAUGAAUUUGAAGACUUUGAAGAGGAAGGCGGUUAUAGUGAUAUUGAUGACAUGAGCUGGAAAGUGCGCCGGUGUGCCGCGAAGCUGCUUUACACUGUCAUUUCGACCUACGGACGGGGCCGUGCACUGGACCACUCUUCUUUAUACCAGCAAAUCGCCCCGGCCCUUAUUACCCGCUUUGGCAAAGAAAGGGAAGAAAGUGUAAAACUCGAGGUUGUCUCAACAAUGACCGCCCUCGUGCGUAAGACCGGCGAAGAUGCCAUGAUAAUCACAUCGAAUGGCUUCCUUGAAUCUGUGGGCGGAUCAAAAAACUCAAGGAAAAGAAGAAGGCAAGACAGUGAUGCCAAUAUGAUUGAUUUUGAACCCAGCAUCGGCACUUCGUCGGCUGUUGGCACGCCCGUUAUCACUCCAUCCUCACCGAAGUCUGGCCCUCAAGCGGAUUUGGCGCGCUCGGUGCCUUUCGUCGUACAAAGUCUUGUGAAGAUGUGGAAACAGGCGUCUGUUCCUCUGAAGCAAGCAGUCAUUGUUCUACUCAAAAAUUUAGCCCUCGUUCGCUAUGGUGGUCUAGCUGAUCAUCUGCAACAAAUCGAAGACCCAAUCGCCGAUGUGCUAAAGUCCUCGUCUCUAUCUGGAACCUCAUCAGCACCAGCCGGAGCUUCAGCCAGUGCAGGAACUCUCCAAAUUGAGACUUUGUGUCUCAUCGCUGCUAUUGCAGAAACACACACUUCUGAUGCACUCUUUCCCUUCUUAAUCGCAUUGAUACCUGGUGUUAUCGGAGCCGUUAACGACAGAAACUACAAGGUGAGCAGCGAAGCGCUCGGAGCGGUUGAGCAGGUUGUAAAGGCUCUCACUCCGCCACGAGUGUCCGCUGCGUCGCAGGAUCUCUCGCCGCAAUUAGAGAAAUUAUACGAUGUUGUGCAUAGUCGCAUUACCGAUACAAGCGCUGACCUAGAAGUUCGCCAACGGGCCAUUCAUGUCUUUGGGGUCCUUUUAGCACGAACAUCGGGAGAGAAAGGUACAACUUUCCUCUCGCUUGAUCGUCGGUCAAAGGGACUUUCUGUAUUGGUAGAUCGCUUAAAGAAUGAAACUACACGACUUGCGGCUGUACGUGCUGUUGACGACGUUGCUGUACUGUGUACUCAAAAGACGGAUGUUACCGCGGCGUGGGUCAGCGAAGUCACCACAGAACUUGGAGCGCAGCUACGGAAGUCAGACCGUGUGCUGCGAGGUGCUAGUCUUGAGGCUCUGCGCAGUUUAGCCAUGAACUCCAUGACCAGACUACAUUACGAUGGUAAGACUAUGAAAGAGUUGGAAGAAUGCCUAUUGCCCCUUAUCGAUGCGGCGGAUUUCCACCUUCUCGCUCCGGCUCUCAUCAUUCUUGCGAAGCUCAUUCCCGGAAACGCCGAACUUCUUGUGAAUGAGGCUCUCGUUACAGCUGUUUGCUCGAUCGUCCUCUCGUCGCUUGUUGGUACCGUUUUGAAGGCGUUGCUACUUCUCGUCAAGGUUAUUGGUGAGGAGGGCGCAGGCGCAGUCUUAAUGAAGAAGCUUUUGCGUGAUGUGGGCAUCAAUGGUGACACGUCUGUUGUCGGGAGGGCGAUUGGAACGCUCUUGGUGCACGGCGGAUCUAAUCUGGGCGUCAAGAUGGAUGAUUUCCUUAAAGAGCUGCAAACCGCACAAGACGCCCAACGCAAAUGCCUCGCACUCGCCAUCCUCGGAGAAAUUGGUCUACGAAUGGGCCCUGAGUGCUCUUUGACACCGGAGCUAUUCAUAACUCAUUUUGAUUCGAAAUCUGACAAAGUUCGUUUAGCCGCUGCUACCGCUCUUGGAAAUGCAGCAGCCGGUAACGUGAAGGCUUAUUUGCCCACUAUUAUGGGUGGGCUGGAGCAGUCCAGCCAUCAAAGCUACUUACUCCUUCACUCGGUAAAAGAACUGCUCCAACAUCCCGAGAUUGUUCGCCCAGAUGUUGCGCCCUCAGCACUUAAGUUAUGGCAGGCUCUUCUUCACGUCUCUCAAGAAGAAGACAACCGAGCUGUCGGGGCGGAAUGCGUCGGUCGCUUAGCACUAAUCGAUCCGGUAGCCUACAUACCACAUUUCCAGGAAUGUUUGUCCAAUGCGGACCCAACAAUUCGUGGUGUGGUGAUCUCCGCCUUCCGUUAUACCCUCUCCGACUCUAGAGAUACUUAUAAUGAUGUAUUGAGACCGUUGAUCGUUCCGCUUUUGGUCAACAUGCUCAGUGACCGAGACUUGGGAAAUCACCGCCUUGCGUUGACAACGCUCAACUCUGCAAUUCAUAACAAGAUGGACAUCAUCCUGCCGCAUCUUAAAGAACUUCUCCCUGCAGUAUUCGGUGACACGCAGAUCAAGCCAGAACUGAUCCGUGAAGUGCAAAUGGGUCCGUUCAAGCAUAGGGUCGACGACGGUCUUGAACUGCGCAAGAGUGCCUACGAAACGCUUUAUGCAUCCUUGGACACCACUUUCUCGCUUUCGCACGUGUCUGAGUUCUUCGAUCGAAUCCUGGCCGGAAUUGACGAUGAGCAAGAUAUUCGCACAAUCUGCAACUUGAUGACUUCCAAACUCACCACUCUCGCACCAGAAGAAACACAGAGAUCUCUGGAUGCCCUCUCAGAGCGUUACAGCGUCGUCCUAUCAUUCAAGCCAAAAGAAAACGCCGUUAAACAAGAACUUGAAAAGGCACAAGAGGCAUCCAUGGGCAUUCUCAAGAUCACCCGAGAGCUAAGCAAAGCAUUCCCAAACGCAGAGUCUUCUGGGGAGCAUCACAAAUGGAAGGCCUAUAUGGAGUGGGUGCGAAAGACGUUCUCUUCGCAACUAAAGAGCCUUGAUACGGAUUUCUAA